AGGGGCUAACAAGAUGUCCUGAAGAGGACCCCAAAACUGGCCAUACACUUGCUGGUCAGCCUUCUACUCUCACCCCUUCUGGAAGGAUCUUCUCUGAGGUAAGGAGCCUGUGGGGAUCAAAGAAGAGACACCCCCAGGCCCAGACCUAGGAAAAAGGACAGAGAGAGCAUCAGGCGGAGUGAGUGGUGGCUGGUGUUUCUUUCCUGACCACCUCUCUCUCGCCCGCCCUGCGGCUUUUUCUCCUCCCUCUGCCAGGAGGUCACCCCUUGUCCGCCAUCGGUCAGUGAGCCGUUCCCAAGCACCUCCUACAGGCAGAGCCGCCUGCCAGGCGACAUCCUGUCUUAUCUGUCCACUCCAAGUGCCUGACUUGGGUGGGGUCCAUAUCCUGCCAAGCAAAGGGAUGAAAAUAGAAAAAUCCUACCGACUCUCUGGACACUCAGCUGUCGACACAGGGGAGCAGGAAGAGGCAGCAGCAGAAGAGGCGGCAGCGGAAGGGGCUGAAGGUGAGGCUGAGACGGAGGAGACCAAUGCGGAAGGAGAUGGACGAGAAGAGGAGGCUAAAGAAGCCGAGGAUGGCCCAGUAGAGGAGUCCAAACCAAAGCCCAGGCCUUUUAUGCCCAACUUGGUGCCGCCCAAGAUCCCCGAUGGGGAGAGAGUAGACUUUGAUGACAUCCACCGGAAGCGCAUGGAGAAGGACCUGAACGAGCUGCAGACGCUGAUCGAGGCUCACUUUGAGAACAGGAAGAAGGAAGAGGAGGAGCUCAUCUCACUCAAAGACAGGAUCGAAAAGCGGCGGGCCGAGCGGGCCGAGCAGCAGCGCAUCCGGAAUGAGCGGGAGAAGGAGCGUCAGACUCGCCUGGCUGAAGAGAGGGCCCGACGAGAGGAGGAGGAGAACAGGAGGAAGGCCGAGGAUGAGGCCCGGAAGAAGAAGGCUUUGUCCAACAUGAUGCACUUUGGGGGCUACAUCCAGAAGACGGAGCGGAAAAGUGGGAAGAGACAGACGGAGCGGGAGAAGAAGAAGAAGAUUCUGGCCGAGAGGAGGAAGGUGCUGGCCAUCGACCACCUGAAUGAAGAUCAGCUGAGGGAGAAGGCCAAGGAGCUAUGGCAGAGCAUCUACAACCUGGAGGCAGAGAAGUUCGACCUGCAGGAGAAGUUCAAGCAGCAGAAAUAUGAAAUCAAUGUUCUCCGGAACAGGAUCAAUGAUAACCAGAAAGUCUCCAAGACCCGGGGGAAGGCCAAAGUCACCGGGCGCUGGAAGUAGGGGCAGCAGUCCCCUUCACCAGAGAUCCUCGCUGUGUCCCUGCCCUGCUCGUCCCCAGCUUCUGGGGCCCUCCUGGGCACUGGAGGCAGACUUGGGUCUGGAAGCCAGGAGCUGGCCCGGCUGGGAGCUGCCGCUCUCAGUGCCUGUGCCCCCACAUGCCCACGCACGCCAAUAAUAAAAGCCAACACACAUCGCA